AGGAAUGGGGAUGUGGGAACUGGUGCCAAUCUCUAGCCUGCCCUGUCCGGAAUUAAAGUGGCCAUUCAGGGAUGUCAGGGAAGUUUCCCACCCUCCAUUUCCCGUGGUGGAGACCUGGAUUGCGGGCAAGACACUCAUUCCUGGAUCCUGCUGCCUGUUCGUGGAGCCCUCUGGGUAGAGAGGCAGUUGGGUUAGGGUCUACAGCUCUGCUACUCUGGAGCAAGAAUCACCAAGAUGCCCAUCCUGGAAAAGGUCUCCCAAAAGAUGGCUGCAAAGCCUUCUAGCAGCGAGGAGGAGCUGGACCUACCCAAAUUGCCAGUGCCUCCACUGCAGCAAACGCUGGCCACCUACCUGCAGUGCAUGCAACACCUGGUACCCGAGGAACAGUUCAGGAAGAGCCAGGCCAUCGUGAAGCGAUUUGGGGCCCCUGGUGGCCUGGGUGAGACUCUGCAGGAAAAACUCUUGGAGAGGCAGAAGAAGACAGCUAACUGGGUAUCUGAAUACUGGCUGAACGACAUGUAUCUCAAUAACCGCCUGGCCCUGCCAGUUAACUCUAGCCCUGCUGUGAUCUUUGCUCGGCAGCACUUCCAGGACACCAAUGACCAGCUAAGGUUUGCAGCCAACCUCAUCUCUGGUGUGCUCAGCUACAAGGCUCUGCUGGACAGCCACUCCCUCCCUACGGACUCGGCCAAGGGCCAACUCUCAGGGCAGCCCCUCUGUAUGAAGCAGUACUACAGGCUCUUCUCCUCUUACCGGCUUCCUGGCCAUACCCAGGACACACUGGUGGCCCAGAAGAGCAGCGUCAUGCCUGAGCCUGAGCACGUCAUUGUGGCCUGCCGCAACCAGUUCUUUGUCUUGGAUGUUGUCAUUAAUUUCCGCCGUCUCAGUGAGGGUGAUCUGUUCACUCAGUUGAGAAAGAUAGUCAAAAUGGCGUCCAACGAGGAUGAACGCUUGCCUCCAAUCGGCCUGCUGACUUCAGACGGGAGGAGCGAGUGGGCCAAGGCCAGGAUGGUCCUCCUAAAAGACUCCACCAACCGGGACUCCCUGGACAUGAUUGAGCGCUGCAUUUGCCUGGUGUGCCUGGAUGUUCCUGGGACUGGGGAGCUCAAUGACACUCACAGGGCGCUCCAGCUCCUUCAUGGCGGAGGCUGCAGCCUGAAUGGGGCGAAUCGCUGGUACGACAAGUCCCUGCAGUUUGUGGUGGGCCAAGACGGCACCUGCGGUGUGGUGUGUGAGCACUCCCCAUUUGAUGGCAUCGUUCUGGUACAGUGCACGGAGCACCUGCUGAAACAUAUGAUGAAGAGCAACAAGAAGCUAGUCCGAGCUGACUCAGUGAGUGAGCUCCCUGCCCCCAGGAGACUGAGGUGGAAAUGUUCCCCAGAAACUCAAGGUCACCUCGCCUCCUCGGCAGAGAAACUUCAAAGAAUAGUAAAGAAUCUGGACUUCAUUGUUUAUAAGUUUGACAACUAUGGGAAAACAUUUAUUAAGAAGCAGAAAUACAGCCCUGAUGCCUUCAUCCAGGUGGCCCUCCAGCUGGCCUUCUACAGGCUGUAUCGGCGACUGGUGCCCACCUACGAGAGUGCAUCCAUUCGCCGGUUCCAGGAAGGCCGGGUGGACAACAUCAGAUCGGCCACGCCAGAGGCUCUAGCUUUUGUGCAAGCCAUGACUGACCACAAGGCUGCCACGCUGGCUUUUGAGAAACUUCAGCUGCUAAAGUCAGCCAUCCAGGCCCAGACUGAGUACACAGUCAUGGCCAUAACCGGCAUGGCCAUUGACAACCACCUGCUGGCACUGAGGGAGCUGGCACGGGACCUGUGCAAGGAACCACCUGAGAUGUUCAUGGAUGAAACAUACUUGAUGAGCAACCGGUUUGUCCUCUCCACCAGCCAGGUGCCCACAACCAUGGAGAUGUUCUGCUGUUAUGGCCCUGUGGUCCCCAAUGGAUAUGGAGCCUGCUACAACCCCCAGCCUGAGGCCAUCCUCUUCUGCAUCUCCAGCUUUCACAGCUGCAGAGAGACCUCUUCCGUGGAGUUUGCAGAAGCUGUGGGAGCAAGCCUUGCUGACAUGAGAGAUCUCUGCAGUGCACGGCAGCCUGCUGAGGGCAAGCCAGCAGCAACCAAGGAACACACUAGAGACCCAACCAAGGCAAACAAUCUCAACGCUGGCCACUAGCCCGACCUCCUGCAGGAGCCAGACCCUACCAAACCCUGCUCCCAUCCCCCAGCCCAGCUUUUUGUUGCUCCCCUGUCCUCGUGGGCCCAACCCAUCAGGCUGUGUGGGGAGGCAUCACACAAACCUGGAAUGUUAGGAGAAAGAGUCCCUCAUUGUUUUUCAAGGUGGUCUCUGGCCUUUACCAGUGAAAAUGAGACUAACUCAGCUUGGAAGCAGCCUAGGUGGGCUGGGAGCUUCCUCUAGGAUCUGCAAAAACUUAACAUUUGUACUUUGUUCCCAGCAGCACCCAGCAGUGUGCAUAGUAGUUCUGCCUAAUGACAGGAUGCAUCAUCUCGUCACAUGGUAUGGACCCAAUAAGACAUGAAGGUAGAGGUUAGCCCUGGAUUGUCACCCGCCACCAUCUCUCCACACACUCGCAGAUACACAUAUAGCCCGAGGCAAAUUAAAAUACAGAGGCCCAUACCCCCAAAGACCUUCCUUCCAUGGUCCACAGCAGUCUUCCUUGAGUUCAGAUAAUCUCAUGCAGAUAUUCAGAAAGAAAAAACAGAGUGAACCAAUUUUCUUCAUUUGAUAUCGGAGGGAACUAAGUCUUUGGGCAAGGCUGUGAAGAUUAAAGGUUGGGUUGUGAAUAAGGGCUGCAUGGUCGCAGAGCCCUUUGGGAUGACACUGUCCAGCAGGCAUUGUCUGUGUGAUCUUUGAACUACUUACUGAUCUGGACGAACCAAGCCUAUACUUGCAGUUCUUUAUUGGGAAAUGAAUUCACUGUAUUUACUGGAUAUAUCAAACCAUGCACUGUGAGGGUGUCAAGACUCAUGAGUGGCAGACCCUUGGCUGGAGGGAACACCUCCUCCCUUAGGAAGAGACUGGAAGCUGGCCUUCCCCCUCCAAGAACAAAGGCAACACUGAGCCGUGGCCACAGGCUGCUCUGUGGGGACCUGGGAAAGAAGACUCUCCCAUGUGUCCCUAAAGAGAUGGAUGGAAAAUGAGACAGUUGUUUGAAGCAGUGAUGCACUGAAAGUAUGGCCACCUUAUCAUACUGCUACAUUGCCAAAUUAUAUAUGAAGUUGAUGUUUGGGUUCUAUUUUUAUAAUAUAGUUCUAGAUUUAUGGUAAUAUGUACAUUUUAAUUUAUAGUUCUGUGCUUUAAAGAAAUACGUGUAUGA